GGGGCAUAGGUUUUCCCAAAGUUCCUAGAUUAAUUCUUACAUAUCGACCAGCACAGUUUACGCAGUCUACGCGCGAUUACUGCCGCGUGGUUGCGGAUACUCGAUACCCGGAGCUUCGCCUUCAAGAUACAGUCGGCGUCGGCAGCACCUCGAGGCUGAUAUUUGUACAGCCCUCUGCCCUGAACCCUUCGACGCGCGCAUGCCGUGACACCGCCUUGCUCCAUCGCCACCCGGGGAAACAUGGCAUGUGGGCGGACCAUCUACAGCCGAGCCUCGAGGCGCGCGAGUUGAUAUGAUGAUUUACUUCCGCGGGUCGGCAGGAAGACAGCUGACCAGAUGUUCCGGCGGGCAUGAUCGAUCACCCGGAUGUGGGAGAUAAGACCCGGAGAAGUGGCUCAUCAGCUGGCAGCACCAAAUUACCUCCAGCGGGAACGGCAGGUGCGGAACGAGGGACCGGAUACCCUUCUCCGUGCUGCUCACCGCCACCCGCCGCUUUACUUACUCCUUGGGGGUUGACAUAUGUAGCGAGCGGCCCGCCUCGUGGGAAGCUACUCUGUCGCGACUCGAGGAUGACUCGCGCGAUGGGGCCCCACGUCGAGUCAUAUAGAUUGCAAUCCAGUCAGUAUGACUAUUAGGCCCGGGCACCAUUCCUGCGGAUGAGAGCACCAUUGUCCUUUCAAAGUUCAUCGCGCCGGACUACAUAUCAUCGUUUGAUAAAAGCGGGGCAGAAGCCGUGAAUGAACUCAGGACAAUGGGCGAGCGGGGUUGGAUGAUCCGGAGGUAUCAUGAAAUCCCUCAGGUUUAGAUGAGAUCAAGAGAAUUGAUGAUAUCUGGAAGCGCAAUCCUUUCUCUGAUACUUGCAGUGCGAACCACAAAUGGCGUGUCUUCGUCGCUCACUCUAUCAAAGAUAAGAUGGGCGAUCUGAUCCAAUCAUCUGCUGCACUGCCGCCUGUCGAAACAAAGUCACACACACAUCCCGAAAACGCGUGUGAACUGUGCGCAUCGCUUUGUGUCUUCACCAAACGAGUGGCACGCAGCACGAUGCGCGUCAGGACAACCCGCUUCCUGACCUACCUCCUCCUCCUCGUUCCGCCCCUCAUCGUCUCGCUCUAUCUCCUCACCUCGUUCCCGACGCCCCCGUCCCGGCGGCCCGCGGUCCAUCCGGGGCUGAGCAGUCUCGCUGUCGAUACGCGCGCCAGGAGAAUAUACACUGAGGACUGGCUCGAGGAGGGUGGUUGGGCGGAUUUGCCCCUCGGACGGACGCGGUAUUGGUUUGUGGGUCCCAAGAACGGCAAAAAGCUUGUCCUCAUCCAUGGCCUCUCCGUCCCGGCCCUGAUCUGGUCGCCAUUCCUCCCCCACCUGCUCUCAGCAGCGCCGAGGCACCGCAUCCUGCUAUACGACCUCUACGGACGGGGAUACUCGGACGCGCCGCGCGGUAUCGACUACGACACGCAGCUGUACGUGACGCAGCUCGCGCUGCUUCUGCAGCACGUCGGGUGGACGAAGACGCGGAUCGCUGGGAUCAGCAUGGGCGGGGCGAUCGCCGCUGCGUUUGUCGAUAUGUUUCCGGCGCUUGUGGAACGGGACGUCGUCCUCAUCGCGGCUGCGGGUAUCCUCCAGUCCUCCGAUCUGUCACGCACCUCGAAAUUCAUGUCCUCCCCGCUUGUUCAGACGCUCGCUGCGAACCCGCUGAUAUACUCCUACCUUCGGCGGCUUGCUGCCCAGCGCACGGCAGACUGGGACGGCAUCGAGUCACAGGACCCAUCCUCUUCUCGGCGUCCCCCAGUAUCGGCCUUGGAUCCUGCACCGAUCCACGCGUUGGUCCGGCUGCAAUCUGCGCACCUCGCUGGCUUCAAUUGGGCCGUUUCCUCCUCAUUGCGCUCAGGCCCAGUUGUCGGCUUGGAGUGGGCGUACCAGAGCCCGGAGUGGGCCGGGAAACGCGUCCUGCUGGUCCAUGGUACGGCGGAUGAUACGGUACCCGCGGCGCACGCCACGCGCAUUCGAGAGCACAUCGAGACUGCUUCCGCUACUAGGAAGCCUCAAGUCCAAGUUAUCCAUAUCGAGGGCGCUACCCACUCAUUGACAUGGACACAUGCCCCUGAAGUCGGACGCGCGGUCGGUAGGUUCCUUUCAUCAAGUUGGUGAAGGUGUAGCACCAGUGCAUCUGUAGCAUAUAUAUCGCAUUUUGUUGUUGUGCUUAUUGUUGUUGUCUCUGUGUAUACUGCUUAUCUGUGAAGCUAAAGAGAAAGAGACCAA